AUGGCCUGGAUAACGAACAUGAAAAAUUUUGAACGACUCAAAGAUUCAGCCGAAUAUAUGAACGCCGUUUACGGCGAUCCAUUGGCUUACCUGACGGAAAGUGAAAAAAAAGAAGAUUUUCUCACCGAUCGUGAAUUUUUUGGAGAUUUGGGAUAUGGAGAAUGUUUCAAUUCGACAAGCUCAUCAGUUCAGUGUGAGCUUAUCAGCGGUGACUUUGAUCCGAAAACACUUCCAUAUGAAAGACGUCUAGCAUGGCAUUUUCGUGAAUUCUGUUACAAAACUUCUGCGCACGGGAUUCCUAUGAUUGGUCAGGCACCAAACAAAUAUUACCGGCAAAACGCUCAGAGCGUUCUUGAUAAAUAUCAUCGCAAUGAAAAGAUUGUCGACAUCCAGCUUAAAUUCGAUACUGCUCCUUUCCCAGCCAUAACCCUAUGCAAUUUGAAUCCUUACAAGGCUAGCCUAGCCACUGACGUCGAUUUGGUGAAACGAACGCUAUCUGCAUUCGAUGGUGCAAUGAGCAAAGCAGGUGAUUCGUCCAACAACAGGAAACGCCGAAAACGAUAUAGCAAUUCUCAUGAGCACAUCAAACACGCCUCUGUAUUCGAACCGGGUUACUCUAAGUGCGUCUGUGAAGAUGUUGAAGACGAAACAGCGGAAUGCGAAGGUGAAAUGUAUAAGACAGAAACACCAGUGGAGAUAUCUGAACGUUGUAUCUGCGCAUUCGAUCGAAAUACAAAUGAUGCAUGGCCAUGUCAUCUUGAACCAACUUGGACCAAAGAGAUUUGUCAUACUUGCGAUGAACACGCAUUCUGCGAAAAAAAUUCUACGCCUGGAGCCGUUGGUAAAGCUGAAAGUCCUUGUCUUUGCGCACCAUCGGGUGAAUUUUGCGUGGCGUAUGAUGGAAGAUCAGAAAUUAUAGAAAUUUGGAGGUAUUUAGCUGAAGGGCCUCCAACAGAGGAUCCCGGAUUUCUUGAAGCAAUGGGUUUCGCUGGAAUGACAGAUGAGGUGGCAAUUGUAACAAAAGCAAAAGAGAACAUUAUGUUCGCAAUGGCUGCACUAUCAAUGGAAGAUCGACAACGACUGUCGACAACUAAAAGGGAGUUAGUGCAUAAAUGUUCAUUCAACGGUCUCGCGUGCGACAUAGAAAAGUCAUCCAUCAGCUUACGUUUUCUCUGUGAAAGUGAUUAUCCCGCAUUUGCUGACAUCUUAGCGUUCAUAAGUUUUCAUUACAAUUUUCUGAUUACUUUGGAGAAAUCUCAUCUUUCUUGGUAUCAAGCGAAUGAAUUGUUGAGUUCUGAUUACUUGAGUGGACCUAUGUAUGGGCUUCGAAUGUUGGUUUAUGUGAAUGCUUCUGAUUACAUGCCAACAACAGAAGCAACAGGAGUACGGUUGACGAUUCAUGAUAAAGAAGAUUUUCCCUUUCCGGAUACAUUUGGUUAUUCUGCACCAACCGGUUACGUUUCGUCGUUUGGACUGAGACUUUUAAAACAUGCUGCUGAAUUGCAGAGAAGGAUGACAAGGCUUCCAGCUCCUUAUGGUGACUGUGUUCCAGAUGGUAGAACUUCGGAUUACAUUUAUCAAAACUACGAGUAUUCUGUAGAGGGAUGUUACCGUUCAUGUUUCCAGCAGCUUGUUUUGAAGGAUUGUCACUGUGGCGAUCCUCGCUUCCCAGUACCAGAAGGACACACACAUUGUGAUGCAACAGAUCCAGUAGCUAGGAAGUGCCUCGACGAACGCACUAGUGAACUCGGCGGUCUACACGGUAGUUUUCGGUGUCGCUGUCAACAGCCAUGUAAGCAGUCCACUUAUUCGGUCACUUAUUCUCCAGCUAAGUGGCCUUCACAGUCACUUCAGAUUCAACUCGGAUCCUGUAACGGUACUCCAGCUGAGUGCAAUAAACAUUACAAAGAGAAUGGUGCCAUGAUUGAAGUUUUCUAUGAGCAGCUCAAUUUCGAGAUGUUGACUGAAUCAGAGGCUUACGGCGUAUGA